AUGGCCGAGGGGCUAGCUAAGAGGAGUGCCUCUCCCCAGGCCAUUUCACCGCCCCCAUUGCGCCGCAAGGUUGACCCGACUGUCACCAAAAAGUCAGUGGCAAACUUCUUCACUCCGGCCUCGCAGAAAAAGCCCGAAGUGAUUACAUGGCGCCUUAUUGGGACAAGUUGCAUCAUCGGAAAGCAGAUCUCAGAGAACCAAGUGCCGAGUUCCUCUGAGAAGCGCCGUAUUGCUGGAUUUGAUCUGGAUUCAACAUUGAUCAAGACAAAAUCCGGCAAUGUGUUUCCAAAGUCAGCAACAGACUGGCAAUGGUGGAAUGAAAAGGUCCCAGGUCGUCUGAAAGAGCUCAAUUCUGAAGGCUACCAAGUCGUGAUAUUCUCAAACCAAAAGAAGAUCAGCGUUCAAAAGGACAUCAAGGGUGGCCGAAGUGAAUCGAAAAGUCUGACGAACUUCAAAGAGAAGAUGACUGUCGUUUUGACGCAGCUUGAUAUUCCCGUGAGCGUCUACGCAGCUACUACGGACCCUGAAUACCGGAAGCCCCGUCUCGGGAUGUGGCGCGAGUUCUUGGAUGACUAUGACCUUGACGUUGCCGGUGUCGACCUUUCUGGCUCCGUGUUUGUGGGAGAUGCGGCUGGACGACCUGGUGAUCAUUCUGGGGUGGACCGUGGGUUGGCCACAAACAUGGGCAUGUCCUUCAAGACGCCAGAGGAGUUCUUCCUUGGGGAAACGACAGAGCCACCAACAAAGCUGUUUGAUCCGAUGCUCUAUGUGAAGUCGGAAGAGGAGUCUGCCAAACUGUUCACCCGCAAGCAUCCCGUGGAACUAGUCAUUUUCUGUGGCAGUCCCGGUGCUGGGAAAUCAACCUUCUACUGGACUCACUUGGAACCCCUGAACUACGAACGGGUAAACCAAGAUAUUCUCAAAACACGUCCGAAAUGCCUCAAGGUCGCUCGCGAACACCUAGAAGCUAAGAAAUCAGUCGUAAUCGACAACACAAACGCAGACCCGGAAACAAGACUCCACUGGACCUCCCUUGCAAAGGAGCUGGAAGUGCCCAUCCGCUGCGUCCAAUUCAUCUCAACCCAAGACCUCUGCCAACACAACAACGCUGUCCGCGCAUCCAACAAAGAACUGAACCCCGAAUCCAGAACCUCCCUUCCGGGAAUUGCCUUUGGCGACUUCGGCCGCCGCUUCAAGGCUCCCACCCUGGACGAGGGUUUCGACGAUAUCAUCCCUGUCGAGUUCCAGUUCCGCGGCAGUGAUGAAGCCAAGGCUCUUUGGAGCCAGUACUGGAUUUGA